GUAAAAUCCUGCCUCCUGAUUGGUUCAGAGGUAUACGCAUCAUGAAUAUUCAUGACUGAGCUGAAAGAUACUAGUAGUAUUACGCAUGCGCGUGACACAAGGCGAAGCUGCUCAUGCAGCUCAUCGAAAGUUUGAGUUCGUUGAUGCAGCGCAGCUAUAGUAGGCUAUACACUGCAUGCAUGGAUAUGCAUGCGCAGUGAUUGGCUCUAAGUUAUAACUUUUACAUGAGCUAUUGUAUUAGUUAUGGCGGAGUCUACAAGUACAACUCUCUGCAAUUUUGGUCGCUCUAAAGAAGAGAAUACCGAUUUCUUCUGCAAGAACCAUACAAGUCUUUAUGAAUCCCUUCCACCUGACUAUGCCUACCACAUUUGCAAUUAUCAAGAGGUUGCGGAUGGCAAAUAUGAGGCAGAAUUCAGAAUUGACAUUUCCAAUGAAGAUGAUGCUAAACUGUGGCUAGAAAAAUACCAACAGCUCACCAAAGUGACAUUCCGUGUUGGAGCAACAAAGCUAAAAAAUGGAUGGGUGAAUCUGUUCAAGGUUUUUUACCGUUGCCAACACAAGACUCUUCCUCGGUCUGAAACAGCAAGUCAGAAAAUGUCGUCAAAGAACACGAAUUGUCCAGCGAAGCUAGCUGUGACUGUUAAAAAGAUUCCUGGGAAACUAAGCAGAGCCAAAAGUAAGGAUCUUCACUUGCCAGCCUAUCAAACUGUUGUCAAGAUCUCUCACACCCAUAACCACAUGAAUGAUAGUGCCGAUACACUGAAGCACAGAGAUGUCAGCAAGGAGACGAUUGAGAAAUUCAAAGACUUGUUCUCUAAAGGCCAUUCACCUGCAUCAGCUUUGAACACACACAAACUGGAUCUGCAACUACAGUAUGACCAAGAUUAUGUGUAUGAAGCUGCUGACCGUGCAAACUGUCCAGACACACAAUUCUGUCACAGGUUGUACCGGAAGAUCUUUGACAAGGCAUAUGGUGCUGCAAGUGGCGAGAAAAUGUUGAGUGACCUUGAAGCUGCCAUUGCAGGGUACAACAGUGAGGUGGGUGAAGUCUGUGCCAAGAUCGAUCAGGUCAACAACAAGAUUGCCAUCGCUCUAUGUUCUCCGCUCAUGAAACGUUGCAGUCAGAAGCAUGAAUACAGCAGAGAACUUGUCUUUAUCGAUGCUACGGGGGUAUGGAUCGAUAUGACUGCAGGGUAUUUAUGCUCUUGA